AUGGCCCCGCUACCAGCUGAGCGUGUGCAGCCAAGUCCGACGUUUCCCGUAACUGGCAUCGACUUUUGCGGUCCUUUCUAUGUCAAAUCAGAGGUCAGGAAUCGCUCACCAACGAAGUGCUACAUCUCAAUUUGUAUAUGCUUUGCAACGAAGGCAACGUUGAUAGAGGACCUGUCCACGUCAUCGUUUAUCGCUGCCUUGAAGAGAUUCAUCAGCCCUCGAGGGAAGCCGCAUACAAUAUGGAUGGACAACGCCACAAAUUUCGUUGGUGCUCGAAAUGAGCUGAAGGAACUGCUCGACUUUUUUAUAAGCGAUACACAGCGCAAUGAAAUUGUUCCCAACUGCCUAGCACUGGGAGUCAACUGGAAAUUCAUUCCGCCCCGUUCGCCACAUUUUGGAGGAUUGUGGAAGGCCGCUGUUAAGUCAGCAAAAUAUCAUUUUUACCGCGUCGUUGGAAAUUCUCUUCUCUCAUUCCACGAAUUCCGAACUCUCAUCUGUCAAAUAUCCGCAAUGCUUAAAUCAAGACCGCUUUGCUCUAUUACAGAAAACCCGAAUGACUUGGAGAUACUCACGCCUGGGCACUUCAUCUGGGGCAAAGCCAAUGCCACUAUCGACGAGCCAGACAUAACUCACCUAAGCAUAGGUCGCCUUAUCCGUUGGCAGCGAAUAUGUCACAUGCAGCAAUCAUUUUUGAGGAAAUAG